AGGGUUUCCUUCCUCCUGCCCCAGCCCGCGCCUCGCCAGCCACCCCGAGCACGGCUGCAAGCGCUUCUCAUGUGACCGCCGGCUUCCUGUGCGCUCCCGGCUCGGUGCCGGUGCCGCGGGACGGACGGGACGCGACGGGGCGGGACGGACGGGCCGCGCUCGCCGCUGCCGUACUCUGAGCCCUCGCCACCGGCCAGGCCAUGCUGCGCCGCAAGCCUUCCAACGCCGGCGACAAGGAGCCGGGACACAGGAAGCUUUCCCUACAGCGUUCCAGCAGCUUCAAGGAUUUCAACAAGUGCAAGGUCAGCUCCCCCGUGUCAAAUGAGGAGUUCAACCUGGAGGAGAAUAUCCCCGAGGACGAUGCCAGCGGUGCCAGUGCCGAGGAGGGCGCGCGGAGCAGCGGCACCAAGCUGGGCAGGAAGUGGCGGGCGGUCAUCUCCCGCACCAUGAACCGCAAGAUGGGCAGGAUGGCUGUGAGAGCGCUGGCCGAGGGCAAGCAGGGAGAGGCGGAGGCAGAGAGGCCAUGCCCGCUGUCCCCAGCCAGCAGCGUGGAAGAGCAGAGCUAUGACAAGGUGCCCUUGUCGUACCCGGAGCUGGAGGAGGAGGAGGAUGGACGCCCAGCCCUCGGACGCCAGAUGUCCAGCGGCAGCGACAUUCCCAGCCCUGGCGAUCCCAGGGACAGCCAGCAGCUGGAGGAGACCGUCCCAGCCUACACCGGCCCCUUCUGCGGCCGGGCCCGCGUCCACACCGACUUCACCCCCAGCCCCUAUGACAAGGACUCCCUGAAGCUGCGGAAAGGGGACAUCAUCAGCAUCAUCGAGAAGCCACCUGUGGGCACUUGGACCGGGCUGCUCCACAACAGGGUGGGCUCCUUCAAGUUCAUCUACGUGGAUGUGAUCCCUGAGGAGACGGUCCCUGCCCGCAGGAGCCGCAGCUCCGGCCGGAACAAGCGCCUCAAGCCCAAGACCCUCCAUGAGCUGCUGGAGCGCAUCAACCUGCAGGAACACACCCCCACCCUCCUGCUGAAUGGGUACCAGACCCUGGAGGACUUCAAGGAGCUGCGGGAGACGCACCUGAACGAACUGCACAUCACGGACCCCCAGCACCGCGCCAAGCUGCUGACGGCUGCCGAGCUCCUCCUGGACUACGACACAGCCAGUGAGCCAGAGGAUGGUGACAGCACUGAGGCCCUGCCAUCACCCUCAGAGCCCAAAGAGGACAUUCCCCGGGACUCCGGCUGCUUCGAGGGAUCAGAGACCCUGGAUGGCAGCCGGGAGGAGGCCGAGCUGGGGGGUCCUGAGGAGCAGCUGGGGGGUCCUGAGGAGCAGCUGGGGGGUCUCUCCAUGGCAGAAUCCCCCUGAGCCCGCCAGCACCGCCACUUUCCACUCCGGCCCUAACAGGGGGGCUGGACUGGAGGGGACGGCGGCUGGUGGGGGACAGGGAAGCCCCAGUGGUGGCACCUCAGGGCCUGGCUUGGCCCCUGCACCAGAGCCAGAUGCUGGGUGGGCACGAGGUGCCCCAGGACAUUUUGCAUGGCACUGCCUGGCACCACAGCCCCGAGGCAGGGACUCUGGGCAUGCCGGGGCAUUGCACUCCCCGCCAAGACACCGCAGGCAUUGGCUGCUUUCCCCAGGUUUGCCAGCAGGCUCAGGAAGGGAGCUGGGGCUGGAAGCUGUGUGUGCAGGCAACUGAAGCCUGCCUAGGACACUGUCACUUCUCAGCAUGGACACACAGAGACACCCCCCCCUCAUCUGCCAUGGAGGACAGCAAGAUGCAAAUAACACAGCUAAGACACCCUGGAAAUGUGAGAUGGAGAGUCCUGGAAAUGCACAGGGAAGAGGGAAGAGGCAGCUGGCUUGGGGCAGCACAGAAACGCAGCGGCUACAGCUCAGCCAUUUUCAAACCAAUUAAGUUUCCUUCAUUGUUUUAAAAUUAAAAAAAAAUAAUAAGAAGAAAAAAAUAAAGAACAUCCAGCCCUCACCCAACCCCCUUCCUUCCUUCUGGAGACCCUGACCCGUGCAGGCAGGUCCCGGCAGGCAGAACUCCAGACACCUCAUGGAACAGGGAGCAGCAAAGCCAAAAUACACA